GUGCUAACCACUGAGACACUGUGCAGCCCGACACGUAAUCAGACAUACUUAAUCAGUUAUUAUGUAAGCAAUUACAUAGUUUUAUAUUUUAAAAAAUCCAAUCAAAGAAGGAUAUAGGAUGAUUAGGGAUACAAUCUUGCAUCAUAUCCUGCAUUCAUGUUUCUGAAUCUGUAGCAAUGAUGUAGCUUAAAGGACUAUAAUUUGCAAACAUUCGUACAUCAGACUCUUUAGCGUGAAAGUAGGUUAGCAAAACCACAUGCUAUAGCGCUGUCAGAAAAUAGCCAAACAUAACUGUCUGCAAGGUUGUCCUUCUAUUUUGUUUUUAAAAACAAAUGCAAGCAAUAAAUUUAAAACUAUUUUUGUUGCCGAAACAAAAUAGCUACAAGCUUUUGGUGCUCUUUGACCUGCGCACAGAAUGAGUAAACAGUGUGGUCAGUUCAAGUACAGCUUCUGCAUCCUCUUUUCAAGGCUGUCUUUUGGUUUCCUUUGAAAAAAAAAAAAAAAAUCAUUCUGUGCGUCUGUGGUAGCACUUCCGCUUAUAUAUUCACAGUUAAGUUAACCAGCUUACUGCAUAACAGCCGAACAACCACAGAAUGAGGACCGUGCUACUGCUACUUGUGUAUCUGCUGCUGUGGUGUCAAACUACAGGGAGUUUAACUGAUAAACGGGUGAAUUUAGGAGAAAACGUGACUUUAGACUGUCAGAUUGGUGUAAAAGAGAUGUAUUGGGUUUUCCAGAAACUGAUAGAUUCUCCAGUGCUGAUACUGAGAACUUACUCAUCAGAAUCUACAGCACCUCGUUUACUAGAGGAAAGAUUCAGAGGCAAAUAUUCAUCACUCACUUACAGCCGUUUGUUUAUUAGUAACAUAACUAUUGAUGAAUUAGGAAUAUAUUACUGUUUAAAUAGAAACAAUACAGGUAUACAGCUCAGCAGUGGCAUCAGACUUAACAUCACUGAAUCUACUAAAGAUCACAAUCAAAAUGAGUGCAACAAGCACCAACCACAAGUUGAUAAAUCUCUCGAGACUCAGAAGAUUCUGACUGCUGCAUCCUUCCUCUUAAACACUGUGCUGAUUAUUGCAAUAAUAGGUUUGUUAAUGUCUAAACUUAAGAAGCCCACAAAAAGUCGACAACAAUGCCAAAACGUCCCACUAGAGCCACUCGAGGACUUAAAUGCACAGUAUUCUGAAAUCGAGUUGCCAACACAUGUCAGCACAGAAAGUCCUCAUCAGGUAAAUGGCACUUAUGUACUUCUUCAGAAGCCAAGGCCACAGACGAGGUAAACAAAAAAGCUAAAUCGAGCAGAGAUCAACACUUCAUGCAAGCUGCAAAGUUGCUCCAAAAGGAUUUGACACCUUGUUGUGGGCUUGUUCUAAUUAUUUUUAGACUAUUGUUAGAAAGAUGAAUCAUAUACACGUGUUUCAAUCACUGUUUGCUUGAACUAUUUAUACAAUAUAUAAAAUGUUGAAUGUUGCUAUAUGUAUUUGUUGACAUGCAUCUUGAAGGAUGUUGUUUGAGGUUACAGUGAGUGUCAAUGAUAACAAUAAACACAGGCCUUAUUACGCUCAAGUGAAUCACAAUAAAGUUUAUCAUG